AGAUUAAAGUAAUUCAUAGUCCGGAUAUAAAUUGCAUAACCUGAGCACUUAUAAGAUUUAGACUUUUCAGGGAUGAAAAAUUGUAAAUAUUCACCUUUAAGACAAUAAUACUAAACGAACGUCUAUUAAGCAUUGUAUGACAAGUCUCAAGUCAUACGUACAACCCAAAUUCCAUAUCAACGAGAUAAAGUCUAUUUGCGGCUCGAGUCCCCGCUAUUCCUUCAACUUCUCUUCUUUCACUUACCAUACCGUCUUUUCCUACUUAGAUAAUAUGGCUUUCGUACAGUGGACGGCGCCUAGCAAGUAAACGUAAAUUCAAAUCACGGCAAUGGCGCCGACAAAGUACCACAAAUUCCGCUCCGGCGAGCGGUGCGACGAGUGCGGCGCGCGGCAGUGGUACGCGCAGGACGCGCUGCGGUACUGCCGCAACGGGCACCGACUCGAAGGGUUCGCGGAGCACGAGGCCGACGAGGACAACUUCGGCACCCAGGGCAAGGUCAGCCGCAAGAAGAAGGAGAAGAGGCAGAAAGUCGCGGUCAAACUAUCCGGCGACGAGGGUCGGGAGCUGUAUCUCGAGGUGCUGCAGUUGAUACUCGUGAAACAGGUGCGCUGGUUGGUCAUCGAGAAGGAAUUUCCCGACGAUUUCGAGGAGAUCGUUAGGGCGCUUUGGUCGCUGAGAGUUAGGAGCUUGCCGGUUAGGGGGAGUGGGAACGAGGAGGAGGGGAGGGGAGGCAGGGAGGAGAGUCAGCCGCUGUUUAGCUCGAUGGGCGAGGGCACGGGAAGCGAGUCUGAGGAACUGGGGCUCUCGGAUGCGACGACGGCGACUUGGGCCCCGGAUGCGGGUAAGCGGUGGAAAUUGCCGAAGCUGAUCGACACGCUGGCGCUGUGCUACUUGGGCUGCUUGGUAAGGCGGUUACCGGCCUCGAUGGCAGAGUUCUGCGGCUGGGCGCAAAGGGGGGAGAUCGAUUUUCUUGCGGCUUUCAACGGCAUCCCGCGCAAUGUCCGGGACCGUCUUCCUGCAGAGUAUCACCGCGCUCUGCAGGUUAGAGAUCAUAUCCCGCCGGGUCGACUGCAGGCUGCCGUGCAAGAUCUGGUGAUAGCAUAUAAGGUCAAUUUCGAGACCGUCUUUCCUCCGCUGAAUUAUGUGCCAAUAUUGGUGCGGUUUAUUACGGAAUUGACUCUCCCUAUCGAGGUAUACAUGGCAGUAAAAUGUAUGACUGAGAUAUUGAAGACGGAUUACUCGUAUCAUACUGGAGGCAAAACAAUUCGGACGAUGGAUAACCCAGAGGUCUUAUUGGUUAGUCUAAUCGUCGUAUCUGCGAAGCUACUCUACCCAUUAGACGGUAUAGAAAGGCCGCCACGGAGUCACGAAGACCCUCGAAGUCUCAAAAUGGACUGGGCGAAAUGGCAGGAAGUCAUGCAAGAUGAUACGGCGGGAACAUCAUCAAACUUACAACGAGGGGAAGAAUACAAAGUAGGACCUGAGGAUGUAUUGACUAUGGAAAAAACGAAGCUAGACGAUUUUAUGGACUGGUUUGAGAAGAUGUGGAUAGCAGACGGUGACGCAAAAACCGACGAGCGAAUUCGAGAACCAUUUGAGAACCAAAAGCGACCUACACUCCCGAAUCAAGAGUCGAACGGGGAUGGGGGCAGUGAGCGUAUAAGGAAUAGAUAUGAAGCCAUGAAUAGCUCCCUCCAAGUAGUCGAACCGGUCCCUGAUCCUGAAGAACUAGAGAACGGAAAGAAAGAAAAGCAAGAUCGAGAUUUCUGUCCAGUUUGGCGAACCGAAGAAGAUCUGCCGGAUGCAGCAAAAGUAUUCUAUGGAAAAGCAGCGAGUACUGCGGCCGUAACUUUGAAUACACUGAUCAAGGGUACUACACAGGUUGAGAAUCGGUUGGCAGUUUGGUGCAAUCAGAGAGUGAAACGAGAACGGGAUAAGGGGAAGGGGAAAGCGGUUCUAAUGGAUGACGAUUCAGAUUAAUAUUAUAAUUGUCUAAAUUAAUGAGUUAACAAAACCGUCUAUGGCAUUGCUAAUAAUUACCUUGAUUCCAU